AUGACUGGUGAAUUUAUAUCGCUUAAUGGCAAUGAUUGGAUGGCAAUUAGUCAAAAUAAAUCAAUAAAAGUGAAAGCUAAAGUACCGGGAAGUAUACACUCAGAUCUGAGACGAGAGGGUGUACUUAAACAGGAUAUUUAUAUACAAUAUAAUGAUAUUGAAUAUCAAUGGGUUUCGUUAGACAACUGGACUUAUGUCAAGACAUUUACGGUCGAUUCAUAUAUAUUAGAGAAAAUAACUGUUAAUCUAUUGGUCAAAGGCAUUGAUACUGUUAGCAGUAUUUUCAUAAAUAAUAAACUAAUUGGCAAAACUAACAACCAAUUUGUUAGAUAUAAGUCUAAUGUCAAACAAGUGCUAAAAUUAGGAAAAAAUACUAUUCGUGUGGCUUUUCAAUCGGCUCCGGCAUAUGUUAAACAACAGUUCAAUGAUUUUCAACAAAAAUAUAAUUAUACCAUUCCUUCAGUUAACGAAAAUAAUUAUGCUUUCAUACGUAAAAUGGCCGCAUCUUUUGGUUGGGAUUAUGGCCCAUCAUUUCCAACUCAGGGUAUUUGGAAAGAUAUUGGUCUUGAAGUAUACGAUAUGGGAAUUAUCAGAGAUAUUGUUGUGAAGACUAACAGAUCUAUGUCUCGCUGGACAUUAAAUUUGAUAGUAUUUCUUGAGUUAACGACACCACCAACUGAUAGAGUAUUGAAUACAAAGUUUGAUAUUAGUUUAGAUGAAAAUGUUUUAAUUAGUAGAAGAAAGCAUUUAUUGAAAACUAAUAGUAAUGAAGAAAUUAGUGUCAUGUUUGAGAUCAAAAUUCCCGACACUUUUCCCAUAACGUUGUGGUUUCCCAACGGUGUGGCAAAUAAUACACAAAAAUUAUAUGAAUUGAAAGUUAACGUAUCGUUUGUGGACAACAACAACAAUGAGUGGUCUUCACUGACAAAGAAAAUAGGUUUUCGUACGAUUCGUUUGGUUCAAAAACCGGUUAAACCAAUGGGUUUGACAUUUUAUUUUGAAGUCAACGAUCUGGCCGUUUAUGCAAAGGGAACCAAUUGGAUACCGGCUCACAAUCUUCUCGAUGUUGUUAUCGAUGAAUACGUCCGACACUUAUUGGUUUCGGCAAAGGAGGCCAACAUGAAUAUGAUAAGUGUGUUAGGAGAAGGUGUCUAUGAGACAGACUAUUUCUAUGAGUUGGCCGAUGAAUUGGGUCUUAUGAUUUGGCAUAAUUUUAUGUUUGACGUCUCUCCCUAUCCGGCAAACACGGAAUUUCUUCAAACAGUUGAUCUGGAAGUACGACAACAAUUGAGACGUAUUCAACAUCAUCCGUCUAUUGCUAUUUGGUCGGGAAACAAUGAGAUAAAGUAUUGUUCAUUAAUACUUUUUACAAAUCAGAAACAACUAAACAAUGAUUAUUAUCGUCUAUUUGUUGAACAUAUUAAACCUAUUGUCGAAAUUGAAGACCCGAGUCGACCGUUUAUAACAUCGAGUCCAUCAAAUGGUUUACAAACCAUUAAAGAUAACUACACUGAAUCAAUACUAUCAUCCAAUGAUAAUCGUUACGGUGAUGUACAUUUUUAUGACUAUACCAGUCCAUUGUGGGACUGGCAGGUCUAUCCAAGUGCUAAAUUUGUAUCGGAAUACGGUUUCCAAUCGUAUCCAUCAUUGGCAACAUUAUCGCAAGCUUUUUCUGUCAAUGACUUUACAUAUCCUUUAAGUAAAGCCUUUAAACGCCGUCAAAGAAAUCAUUACGUGUUUAACUCAAUUGAGGAUAUGAUCAGCCGAUAUUUUAAGAUGCCUUCCAAUGGAACUAUCAAUCGUUUCAAUGAUUUUCUAUAUUUAUCGCAAAUAACUCAAGCAAUGGCUCUUAAAACUGAAACUGAAUUUUAUCGCCGAAAUCGUAACAUUGAUAACGAAACAGGCAAUGGAUUUACUAUGGGUGCCAUGUAUUGGCAUCUUAACGACAUAUGGCAGGCGCCCACUUGGGCUUCAAUUGAAAAUACAGGCAAAUGGAAAGUAUUGCAUUCAUAUGCCAAACAAUUUUUUGAUAAUUUAUUGGUUGUUCCCUAUGAAGACAAUAAUAAACUCAAAAUUUCAUUAGUCAAUGACUAUUAUGAAAACAUUGAUUUUAAUUUGAAAAUUAAAGUCUAUAAGUGGUCACAAAAUAAGCCAAUCUAUGAGUUGUAUAAACUUGUAAAAAGUGACAGUUUUUCGGCACAAAUAGUUUACAUUAAACCUAUCGACGAAUUGUUAACUGAAUCUAAAUUUACAGAUGUUAUCUAA